AUGAGAUUAAACCAAUUUGGAUUCAAAGCCAACUUGGCUUGUCCCUUGCGGCUUCAGGUCACGCUCACCCCCUUCUCCCCACGCUCUCCCCACGCUCACCCCCUUUGCUCAAACCUCACCCUCACCCCCCCGCUCACCCCCUCCUCCUCGGCGAGCUCCUCGCCGGCGAGCUCCGGCGAGUACCUCGCCGGAGAGAACCUCACCUGCGAGCUCCUCCCCGCCGAGCCCUUUUACGACGAGCCCUUUUGCACGGAUUUCCUCGCCGUUGAUCUCCUCGUUGUCGUUCUCCUUGCCGGUGAGUCCUUCGCCGCAGAUCUCCUUGCCAACGAGUUUAUCACUACCGAUCUCCUCGCCGCCAAGAUUCUCAUUGCCGAUCUCCUCUCCGACGAGCUCUCCACGGUCCCGAUCUCUAAUCGAAGAAAAUCUGUAAAAAAAAGGCUAAAACUUGCUGCUUGGAAAUUAUUGGAAUUGAGGACAAUGGGAAUAGACAAAAGUUGGAUAAUCAUCCAAGAUAGAUCUCUUAUCGAAUAUGAAAUCAGUGCUGAUGCAUUCUUGGAUUAUGCUUUCAAUCAACUAGGAGAUGUUAGAAGAAUUCAUUGCCAUCAACUAGGAGAUGCUAGUAUUGCCGCUCUCCAACCAAAUGGACACCGUAACCUCAUGAUUUUAGAAGUCCGGUACCUUACAAAGGUGAUGGUCAGAGCUUCAACAUUACGUACUACGGUGGGUUCAAGCGCCUCUUCGUCAUGGGCAACGACAACACCAAGUCAUGUUGGGCCGUCUUCAAUUGGGUCUGAUUUACCUUCAUCCCUCCCUGAUACAGCAGCAAAAAUAUCAUCUACUGCUGCUGAAUUUUGCUUUGUAUGAACAGAAGCACAAGAAAAUGAAUUGCUGUUGAAAUAGGAGCUGAAGUAUUUUUUUUAUCGUUUUUAAGUAUUUUCUAUUUUCAAAGUAGAGAGAGGCAGGAAUGAUGUUGAACUGUAUAUCGAAUAUUAUUACUCUAUUGCUUUUAAAUUGAUUUUGCUAUUAUUUUGUUUUUAAGCUGUUGUGGAUCAGAAGACAAUUAGCCUUUUAAAUUGUUGUUAAAAGAAUAAUUUUAUUUACUUUAA